AUGAAAUCAAACAGUAUCAGAAAACAACAUCAUUGGACAAACAUUACAAUUCAUUGCAUUAUCCUCAACUCUUCAAAAAAAGGUUUAAAAAGUUCCAAAGGUUUCAUUUUAAAUCUUUCUCAUACACAUCAAAAUGCUCAAUAUUUAAUUCUUUCUCAUUCAACACGUUUUUACUUAAUUUUAAUUCUUUCUUGUUCAGUUUCAACAUUUUAUUUAAAAUCAUUAAUUAUACAUUGGGGGUAUAGUUUAUUCUUUUCAAUUGUUUUUUUUCAAAUCAUUCAUAUGAAACAUUGGGGUUCUUUUUCAAUUUAUAUUAAUCAUUAA